UGGUCUGGAUCCCGUCUCAGGGCUCUGGCACCUUCUCCUGGAGACAGCUCGGCUCGUGUCAGGAGCAGAUAGACAGGUUCAGGGUCAGGCUCUGCUUCUUACAAUGGAGUGACUUUAGAGACAUCUCUUCUCUGAAUCUUAGUUGCCUCCUCUAUGAAAUGGGGGGAUCAGCUGGGCCCUGGAACUACUGGGAAUCUGGUGUGAGAGGCUGGCUAUGUUGUGUUCUUUUGGUUUGAGAUAGAGAUUCUUGGAGGAGGGUGGAGAAGUUGGUUGAAGCUCCAUUUUCUUCUCUGUUUGAUCCCCAGGGUGGUUAGUGAGAUCCAGAGCCACUCUGUGGCUGGGAUAGCAGGAGUCGUGGGACGGGCAGCUCUGCCAGGGCCCCCUGCUCUGCCCAGCACCGUUCGGGAGGAGGCAAUGAGAAUGGCCCAUGGAGUGAAGCUUGUGUGUUACGUUGGUUCCGAACCAGUGAUCUACCUUCUGGGGGCCGUGAGCUACGGCCAGGCAGUGGGGCAGCUACCUCCAAAGCUGGAGGUCCUGGAGGACAUGAUGGAGGCCUACUCAGCCUCAUCUGCCCAGAGGCCCAGAAGGAAGAAAAGGCGCAUGGCCCGGGGCCGUGUGAGGCGCCAGGUGGGGGUUCAUGUUCCGGAGGCCAGAGCUGAGUGUCUAGGGUGUGACCCAGUGGAGGCUGAAGAGGAGGAGCCUGGUGAACAAGCAGGGGGCGAGGACUUAGCUCAGCUUCAGCCCCAACAGGAGAAGCUACCUCUGGACACUGGGGUGCGGGACACCGUGGCCCGUGCCAUGCAGGAGGCGCUGUGGAGUCGCCUUCGGGAGCACCCAGACCUGGUGCUGAGUGAGAAGGUCGUGGAGGGCAUCGCCGCUGGCAUUGAGGCAGCCCUCUUCAACCUGACACAAGCCACCAACGGCCGCUACAAGACCAAGUACCGUAGCCUGCUGUUCAACCUGCGGGACCCCAGGAACCCGGAGCUGUUUCUCAAAGUGGUUCAGGGAGACCUCACCCCCCAUGGCCUGGUGCGGAUGAGCUCAGUCCAACUGGCCCCCCAAGAACUGGCCCGCUGGCGGGACCAGGAGGAGAAGAGGGGCCUGGAGAUCAUUGAGCAGCUGCAGAAGGAGCCGUGUAGCCUCCCGGCCUCCAAGCUGACCCACAAGGGGGAAGUUGAGAUCCUGCGGGACGUUGACCAAACGCUGACCCUGGAGGACCUGGUGGGACCCAUGGUAUCCACAGACGGUGGCCCGCUGGCCCUGCCUGCCACAUUGAAGGACAGCUCUCUCAAAGCUGCCAGGAGGAUGGGGGAUGAUGCUUUCCAGAGAGCCCCAAGCCAAGUCCCUGUGUCCUUUCCAGAUAUGCCCCCAAACAAGAAGAAGCCUCCAGCAGAGUGCAAGGACAGUCUCCAGAUGCCUACUGGGCCCACAAAAGCCCUGCCCAUGCAGCUGCCCUGGGAGGGGUCUCUGGACAUGUUCUGCAUCAAGCGGUUCCGGGUCAAGGCCCAGCUGAUCUUGGGACACAGCUGUCGCCUCAUCCAGGCCCUGCCGCAGGUGAUCCGCUCUGCAAGCUGCAUCGCCCCUGAUGCUGUCUGGGACUUUCUGGCCAGCAUCUGCCCAGCUGAGACCAAGGACGUCUGCGUGGUUAGACUGUGCCCACAGAGCUCUCGGGACACCCAGAACUGCCACCUGCUCUACUCCUACCUCAACAACAAGCAGUGCCACGGCUUGGCCACUGUGGAGCAGGUGAGGGUGGUCCUGCUGCCCCUGCCUGCCUUCCAGCCCCUGCCCUCCAGGCUGCGCCCUCUUGGAGGUCCAGGCCUGGAAGCCACUCACUCAAGCCUGUUGCUGGCUGUGCUGCUCCCCCAAACAGGGCUUCCGGCCACGGAAGGAUCUGGCGCCUUGAGGGGGAAGGUUCGCAAAAUGGUCUCCUUCAACAGAAAAGUGGAGAUGAGAUGCUACCAGCCGGGGGACCAGGGGCCACAUGUGGCCCUGAGGGGCGCCUCUCCCCUGGGGCCUGCUGUGCAGCGGAGCCAGGGCAAAGGCAGCCUGGCUCCAGGGGGAGUUUGUGCUUGGCAGAGACCACCCAGAGGCAGGGGGAGCCUGUGGGGAAAGCCUGAGACCUGGCAGGGUUCUGGGCGAGGGCUGUGGCUUGCAAAACCAGGCUGGUGCCAGUCCUGGCAUCCCUAUUCAGCAUCACCAGCUGGCCAUGACCAGCACCGCCACAGGGCUUCCUGUCCCAACCAAGCCCUGCUCCAGCAUCUCGAAUCCCUGGUGGUCAUGACGCAGCAGCUCCAAGCCUCACUGAUGUCCCUAGGACAGGAGGAACUUUCCCAACCCCCUGCUCAGCCUCCCACAGCCCCUGGGACUCUUGGCCUUCUCUGCCAACCCCUUGCAGCUCCAGAGCCCCCUGGCCCAGCCCUGGACUCCUCUUUGGGCCCUACAGAUGGAGCUGGCACGGAUAGUCCCCUUCCUGGAGAGACCUGACCCUCAUUACUCAUAGAAGAGGGGUUUUAAUUCCCCCACCAGUGCUGAACUCUUAAGUGUUCCAGGGAGAGCAACGGACAUAGGAAGGGGAGGGUUAGCUGUUUAAGUUUCCUGUUUUGCUGUUUGCUUGGUGUUGAUUUUUGGUUUAAUAAAGAAUUUGGCAAAGUUGA